CUCUGCUUUGUCUUUUGGUGUUCUCUCUGUUUUACUUAUGUCUUCAUGAUGCUCAGUAUCACUCGACAUAAAAUCAAGCUGCGGUCUGAAGACCGGUCUCCACCACCAUUUUUGAAGAAAACUGACGAAAGAAGCAACUUAAAUGAUACGCUGGAUUCUGCCUUUUCUUCUGUUUUCCGGACGUCUCUUAUUUUAAAUCAAGUCGAUUCCAGACUUCAAGCUUUGAACUUAGAGCAUUUAGAUCAUCCACCAAAUCAGCUUGCAUCAACCGAACUGAAAAAUGUGGACAUUAAACACAAGAACUUGACAGUCAGAAAACCAAUCUCAUCAACUGGACGCUCUUCAGUAGCUUAUUGGCUGACCGGUCUCAAAACAGACAGUAACCUAAUACCAUCAGAGAACGCUUGCCAGAGUAGCGACAAUUUGCUAGAUGACAUCUUAACAAGCUAUGAGGACAGUAUUGAGUCAACUGAAUAUGAUUACUCAAUACUUCCAGAAACGCCAGUCUCAAUGCGAUCAAGCUAUUUCAAACUACCUUCCAAUCAUUCUAGCACGAGCACUGAUAACGAGCCGGGCAAUUAUCUUAGUGUACAGACAACUCAGGACCUCUCCAGCAAACGCUCUUCAUCUCAUAGUUUAUCUGCCGGCAGAGACAAUAAGAAACAGGACGAAAAAAACGAGUAUAGAACACAGACUUCGACAGGUACGGAGUCAAACAAAAGUCGUUUAUCGAUUAAAGGUCGUGUGCGAAGUUUAAGCAUACUGAGCAGUAGAAUAAGCAAGUCAAGUAUUGAAACAUCGUCCACCAACGCGUCUAGUCCAGCCAACGAUUUUCAAUGUAACAGCAAUACAGCCGAUGAACAACGAAGAUCAUGUAACUCUGUGGCUGUCAAGGAGACCUUUCUGCAGCGGCUGGUUUCGCAUCACGCUAAUGAUUCCUCUUCGACCGCUCGAGAGACCGGAAAUACUGUAAAUACAGGAGAUAUUUUUUGUCAAGACAUUCCAACCUUGUGCCUACCCAUUCCAUAUUCUCUUCCAAAGCAAUGUGAGAUUGAAGAAAAGGAAAUGUUCCACCAUCAGACAGACAAUAAAGGCAUUGAAGAAAUGCAAAAGAUGAACACGGUCACACACCAAGAGUAUGACUUUGAAGAUGAGCAAUGCAGAUCUGGCGGCGAAGACGAAGUGAAUCAAAGGUAUCAAUUUCAAGCUGUCUCACCACAGACGUUUCUCUCUGGUUCCUGGACAGCAAGUAACGUUUUCGAAUACUACUUUGAUUCGAAUACAAGUCAAUACGACACCCAUCAUGGCAUACGUUACGAUGGGUCACAAAUGGAUUCUAGCAAGGUAUCGCGAAUCGAGGGUCGACGAAAUACCUGGAAUCGAAGCCAGACCAACACCAGUAAGGAGGAUAGACUCGAUCUUCCAGACACCUGCUACCAACUCACUCAUUCAAUUAAUACAGAAGACGACACUUAUCCUUCUGAUAUCCUGUACGCCUACUUUAGAAUUGACGGUUUACCGUUAAAUUAGGAUGUUCAUCUAAUAAAGCAUUUACUGUGUCAAAUAUGAUGAAUGAAUAAAAAUCGCCCAAAAGCAUUACUAAACGUU